AUGGCGCCCAAGACAUUGGCCCUAGGCAAAACAUCGCUCGCUAGGACCAUGGCAGCACACCCCACAGGCGCCGUGGUAACAAGCACCAACAUGGACACUCGAACCAGCAGGACUGGCCGAGUGAUCAAGGCCCCGACAGCCUUUGUCCCACCUCCAACAGUAGCCACUACGGGCAAACGAAAGGGCGUCUCCCGCAAGAAGGAAUCUAACGUAGUGUGCAUACAUUGCAACAGAGGCCACAGCCCAGCCUCCAACGCCAUCGUAUUCUGCGAUGGAUGCAACAAUACAUGGCAUCAGAAGUGCCAUAAUCCAUCAAUUGACAACCGUGUCAUUUUGAUGAAGGACAUGGAGUGGCAUUGCAUCAAGUGCAAGCCCGUGGGUCGCCCCAAAGCAGCCAGGACGAAGACUGCCAAGACGAAGAAGGCGACUCGAACACUGCAUCCUCGACUACAAGCGGCUCCUCAACUUGAAGUUGGGGGUGAGCAAUUUACUCCUGACGAGAGACGCGCCUACCUCUCCGGUCUCUCACAUGCUCAGCUGGUUGAGCUCCUGGUCAAUGUCUCAAGCAGAAACCCAACGGUCCCGAUGUUCCCAGUCAAUUUGAAGCAGUUGCCGGCAUCACAGUUCUUCUUACGACCCAACACUCCGGAACCGACCAAUCACCAAACCACCACGCUUGAGUCAAAACAGAGGUCAGCGAAGAGAAGUCGCUCUGAAUCCGAUGUCUCUGACGCCACACCCAAUAGCAAUUCUGCUAAGAAGCGUCGCACUUCGACAUCGACGGAGCUCUCAUUGAACAAUGCUUCCUCCGCUCCUGGUGAAAGUAUUGCAGGAGAUUCGAGUGCUUCCAUGGCUGCCGUACCUGGUGGGCUUACCACGUCGGCCAAUUCCAGCCCAGUGAAUGGAUCCAGUACACCCGCUGCCAGAAAAGCGCAAACCAGACGGGUAUCAUUCAGCUUGCAAGAUACUCCAUCCGUCAGCCCUGAACCCCAAAACGAAGAUGAGAUCUACGAGGACGCUGUUGAAGACCACCGUCUGUAUCCUGACGCUGGAAAUGGUUUUAUGCCCAUGUUGGACUCUGGUGAUAUGAAACUUCUUACUGAGAGCUCUCAUUCACAAACUUUCAGCCAUGAACUCCACGGUCCAGCGAAGAUGGCGCAAGAUGCCGGACGUCCCCCACCAGUCUGGCAGGGUCUCAACUAG